UUCUAUGUUUAGAAUCUAUCACUAGCAACAAAUAAGGCUUUCCGUCUCGCUCAGCACCAAAUUCAUUCCUCCUCGUCGCGAUGUCUUACCCAACCAAGCCUUGCUUCGUCGGUUCUUUUAAGGGCUGGGACGAUGAGGCACUGAAACAUCCUAUUAUGCGAUACUUGAGCAACCUCAACACUGACUUCUGCGAGACCAAGGUUGCCCACUCGGAGCCGCAUACUAAGUGGUUCACCCAGGACUUCGAGUUCCAAGCCCAAAGUGGGCAGACCCUUAGAGGAGAGGAGGCCUGGAAGAGGUUGGUUCAUACGUCCAGGUUCUAUGACAAAUUUUCAAUGGAGCCCCUCUCCGCUUUCAUCCAGGAUACAGAAGGUGGAUAUGAUGGUAUGGUGUACGGGAAUAUAUACACCAACUUCAUAGAACCAGGAGAGAAGAACUAUGCGGAUAAUAAGGGAAUUAAUUGGGAGCUGCGGAUUCCGAGAGCUUAUCAUCUUACCUUCGUGGAGGAUUCUAGCGGGCCACACGGCCUGAAAAUCAGCAACCUGGUUAUUAUCGGGGAUACCUUGGGCACUAUGGCAGCAGCGGUUCGUAAGGGGGUAGUUUCGCAGGAAAAUGCGUUUGGAUUUUAG